AUGAAAGCUAGUCAAGACGUAUUUGUCCUAUCUUCACAAAGGUUGGGCAAAUACCCCAACGACACAUAUACUGUUCGAAUGAAAGGUGGUUUUUCACCUCGUUAUUUUUUGGAAGGCGUUCGUUCAGACACGCCGAAAACGUUAAGAUUUUCGAGGUUUGGCGACCUUAGCGGUGAAUUAUGUGCCUUACUUGGUUGUCCUGAAUUGUGCAGUGUACAGGACAGCCAAGCUAAUGAGGUUAUUGGAUAUAAAAUGGCGGUAUAUCAUAUCGCUUUAUUUUUGGAAGACGUUCUCGUCCACAAACGAGAACGUCGCUUGGAGAACAAUAAUAUUCAGAGGUUUGUCGAAAGGUAA